AUGUUUCCAUUAAUCUUGGGGACAAAUAUCACAAAAAUACAGCACUACAUUGGGCUGUGCUAGCAGGAAAUACUACAGUCAUUAGUCUUCUACUAGAAGCUGGAGCUAAUGUUGAUGCCCAAAAUAUCAAGGCAUGGCCGAGUGAUGGAGGAUUCAGCUAUUUUUCAAGCCUCUAUGAAUGCUUUGUUUAGGAGAGGAGUUAACUCCAGUAGAAGAGAGGAGGAGUCAAAUGCGAAACUGGAGCUGGAGGGAGAAUCACCACUUGAUUUGGCAAAACAGAGAAAAAAUGUUUGGAUGAUCAACCACUUACAGGAGGCAAGACAGGCAAAGGGAUAUGACAAUCCAUCAUUUCUCAGAAAGCUAAAGGCUGAUAAGGAAUUUCGUCAGAAGGUGAUGCUAGGAACUCCAUUCCUAGUUAUUUGGCUGGUUGGGUUUAUAGCAGACCUAGAUGUUGAUUCGUGGCUCAUUAAAGGGCUAAUGUAUGGUGGGGUAUGGGCUAUGGUACAGUUUCUUUCAAAAUCAUUCUUUGAUCACUCUAUGCAUAGUGCACUGCCUCUUGGAAUAUACCUGGCAACUAAAUUCUGGAUGUAUGUGACAUGGUUUUUCUGGUUCUGGAAUGAUCUCAAUUUUCUCUUUAUACAUCUUCCAUUCCUUGCCAAUAGUGUUGCACUUUUCUACAAUUUUGGAAAAUCCUGGAAAUCAGACCCAGGAAUCAUUAAAGCCACAGAAGAACAAAAGAAAAAGACAAUAGUUGAACUUGCAGAGACAGGAAGUCUGGACCUCAGUAUAUUCUGCAGUACCUGUUUGGUAAUACGGAAGCCAGUGAGGUCCAAACAUUGUGGCGUGUGCAAUCGAUGUAUAGCAAAGUUUGACCACCACUGCCCAUGGGUGGGUAACUGCGUAGGGGCAGGGAACCAUCGCUAUUUCAUGGGAUAUCUGUUCUUUUUGCUUUUUAUGAUCUGUUGGAUGAUUUAUGGCUGUAUCUCUUACUGGGGAAUCCAUUGUGAGACUACUUACACAAAGGAUGGAUUGUGGACAUACAUUACACAAAUUGCCACCUGUUCACCUUGGAUGUUUUGGAUGUUUCUAAAUAGUGUGUUUCAUUUCAUGUGGGUGGCUGUGUUACUUAUGUGUCAGAUGUAUCAGAUAUCUUGUUUAGGUAUCACUACAAAUGAAAGGAUGAAUGCAAGACGAUACAAGCACUUUAAAGUCACAACAACAUCUAUUGAAAGCCCAUUCAACCAUGGAUGUAUAAGGAAUAUUAUAGACUUCUUUGAAUUCAGAUGCUGUGGUCUUUUUCGUCCUGUUAUUGUGGACUGGACAAGGCAGUAUACAAUAGAAUAUGACCAAACUUCAGGAGCAGGCUACCAGCUAGUGUAGCACCAUCUUCAUCCUGUGAGCAUAUCAGAUCUGAGUGGUGCCUGAAAAUUUCUCUCUCUCUCGAAUCCACAUCCUUUGAACCGUAGCAUGCUAUGUGUAGGGCUAACGAUGAAUCUUACGGUACCUUCUCUUUAUCAGAGUUUUAUUAACGAAGGUAAAAAUGGACAGAAUAAACUGCCAAUCCUGAUAAGGAAGAGGAGGAAGAUCAAAAAGGGAUUUUAACCAUUCUUAACAUGAGAAUUAUUCACAACAACAUAUUCACUACAUUUGUUGUUGGAUUUUUUAUUUAACACCUUUUACAAAGGAGCAUGAGAUUAUUAAAGUAUUGACAUACUUAGUCAUGUUGUGCUGAACAGAAAUAUUUAUUUCCCAAUUCGAAUAAUUCCAUUGGAGUAAGAAUCUGGAGUCUAAAACUAAAUUUCACAAUGCAGUCAGCCUUCAUUAAGAUUGCUACAUUUAGUUCAGGUAAUGUGAUUUUAUAUUGAUUUUCUAUAGUAUUAUGUACAUGGGAAAAUGUGCAUUUCAAUACUGUGAUUAAAAUCAUGUGGUUUUAUUGGGGAUCGACUGUAAUGUGUUAAGCUGCUGAAGCAGGGCACAUGAGGAUAAUGUUCACAAAUAAGUGUGUUACCUAUAUUUUAUGGCUAUCAGCAGUUAUGGCCAUCUGUUUCCGGUACAGUGAAAUACUCGUAAUAACCUUGUUUCGAGGUUGUAUAGUCUGAAAAUAAACAGUUGCACGAGUAAGUAAAGCUCUUCUGUCGAAGUUAAAGCCCAGCUUAAGUGCAUGAUAUACCUUUUAAAAAUAGACCACAAUAUAUACUAUAUGAUAUUCAGCAAAAAAUAAAACCGAAUUUAAUUUGAUAUCUUUGAACAAAUGAUAUUAACAAUUUAAUACUAGGAGUGAUCUAGUGUAAUAUAUUGCAUAGUGACUGGAAAGGUUUGAAGAGAAGUUGCAUAGGGGGACCAAAGACGUGAAUGCAAAAUCUCAGUAAUAGAAAAGAAGGGUUUGUAACAGUUUUAAAUUCCAUGUGAUUGCAAAACAAAUCGUGAACACUGACUAAAACACUCAUUUUGUUUGCAUAUAAAAUGAUUGAAUCCAAGCUUAAGUAAAGUGUGAUCUCUGUUAAUAGCACAUAUGAAUGGAAAAUCUAAUAGGACAUUCUGAAGAAGACGGUAUGUCAGCAAGUGGAAAUCAUCCUUGAGAUUUUUUUCUGUUAAGUUCUCUCACUGCAAAUAUGUUUGAAAGGUAGGGAAUGAUAUGAAAUCUCAUUCCAAAUGGGCUUUUUGUUGUUGAAUGUGAUGCACUGAUUUUCUGUUAUGGCGUUUUCCUAUACUCAUGGUGAAUUAUUCACUGUUUCCUUAACUAUUGUUUACAGAGAGACUGAGACUUGCAUUAGUUCUCUUUUAAGUGCUGUAGCAACCUAGUGGUUCGAGAAAUCUGUGAAGGGAAUUUUCAGAGGGGACCUGGAAGCAGUUGAUAGAGACCACUGUAAAGAAUGUGUAUCUGUAUAUAAAUAAUUUAUCAAAUAGUUUUCUCUUUGUGAGUGUGUGUUAGUAUAUUUAAGGUUUCUCAUUUCAUUUUAUCAACCAAAAAGUGUAGGAAGAUAUCUAAUGAGCUUUUAGUGAUGUUCAAUACUGCUGUUAAUAGGCAUUAUACCCUGCAAAUUCACUGCAUGUUUGAUGCUUGGCAAAAUUAACAUUCUCUGUAAUAUGCAGAUUACAAGUAUAAAAGCAAUCUAGUGGUAUUCCCGCCCCUUGCCUUAGUAAGAGGAGCAGUGAAACUGUAAAUAGGUGAUGUUCAGUAUUUGCAAGUAGACAUUUUUUUCUUUAGCCGUUUCUUUGAUCACAAGACACUCGCAUAGUUUGCAAGUACCAGAUAUCAAGAUUAACAGAAAUGUAACGUUAGCGUACUUGAACGUUUAAGACUGGGGAAAAAAUCAACAUUAUCUUUGAUACAACGUUUCGGGGGAGUUGGUUACAGGGGUGGCAAGAGUUUUGUGCCAUAAUAAUUCUGUUAACAUGAACAAAAACAAAUGACACCCUUAUUCAUAUUUUUAAUUUCUAAAUGGAAAAAAGCAUGAAUAAGCCUUCAAAUUUUUUUUACUUCUUUUACAAUUAAAGGUAAUGUUCUGCACCUCCAGGAAAAUUUUUUUUCCCAUUUCUAUUUGGGGUCGGCUGACAUAAAGAACUUCAGUCAGUUGAACGUUUUUAGUAAAUACAUUUCAUAGCAUCAGUAAUCUAAUGUGUAAAGUACAUUAUUAUUUUAGUUGUCCGAUUAACUAACAAAGUCUGUGUACCAGAAUGUUUGCAAAACAAGAGUGGACUUUGGUGGUAAUAUGAGGUUAAUUUUGCAGUCUUUAUUUGAGCAUAGCUCCCUAGUGGGAGUUUUGCUUCAUUACAGACUGCACAAUUUGGCCAAUAGAAAAUAUAAUAGGUUUAGAAUCAACUUGCAAAUGUCCUGGAUUUAGGGCAUAUAAAUCUAAAUCAAAGAGUUAAUUAUCUUGAGGAAUACUGAGACCUAUGACCUGAAACCAUCAGAAUGGGAAAAGCCAUCUAUGCAGCAUUUUUCUGUCAAGUAAACUAUUAAACUUACAACUUGCGUAUUACAGCAAAACUACAUCGCUUCCAAAACUUCAUGACGCUGAUCCAGACUGAAAUCAGAUCAGCUUUAUCUGAUAUAGGUUGAGUAAAUGGAAAUUUUGUCUCAGCCCUAAACAUGUGCUGUUUCUUUGCGGGUUUCUAUGUUCUUUGGUGUCCACCAGAUUUUGUUUUUGAAAAUUAAUAUGCAUAAAACAACAUCAUUACAUUUUAAGCUAUGGAUACAUUGUUUUUGUAUUUUCUUUAUUUAUAACUGUGCCAAGUAUUAUUUUACUACUGUCAGGAUCUUGAUGUAUUACAUGGUGAACAAAAAUCUGUAAAAUGUUUAAUAAAUUAGCUCUCCUUACAUAAAUUAAAUCUGUGAAAUUUUUGUAAGUUAUUAAUCAAAUAAAUAUUGACUCUUACUUGCA